UAAAAAUAUACAUGGCAGUUACCGGAAGCAUGUGUUGUGAAAUAAACAAACUUUAACUACAUUGAUCGAAGGUUUGCUGUCGACUAAAUACAAUAUAGAAAAUGACUUCAGAAUUUAUACCAGGUGUAGAGGCAGGGGCAGAUGUUAAUGGAGAAAUUGCUAGUGACCUUGAUAAAGUACACAAAUUAUCAGUAACUGAGGAUACUGGUUUAUACAGCGACGGGAAUGUCUGUAGAACUGAAAUAAUGGACUUCAGCGAUCAAGGAUUUUUACUGCACAAGUUAAUGACAUCUAGUGAAUGUCAACUCAUUAUUGAGGAAGGCGAAAAGAUCGGAUUUGGUGAAAUGAAAGGAGUAAAACGAGAUUACCGUAGUUGUGACAGGAUAGUGAUAGAAAGCGAUGACUUAGCAGAUAUCCUUUGGAGGAGGAUACAGCCCUUCCUAAGUUCUGAAUUUAAUGUUCCUGAAGAAUCUUCUCUCAAAGAUCUGCACAUUCAGGGUGUACCACACUUACUCUGGGGCAAAUGGCAACCUGUAGGAUUGAAUAAGUUAUUCCGGCUGUGUAGGUACUACGCAGGAGGACACUUUGCCCCACACUUUGACGGUUAUUACACUAAAAGUCCACAGGAGCGAUCUCUUAAAACUUUCAUGAUAUACCUCAACGGAGAUUUUGAUGGAGGGAGCACCAACUUUGUUGAUGAAGCACAGACACUGCACAAAGAUGAAAAUGGAAAGUACUGUGCAGAAAAAGAAAACAUACUAUGCAAAAUUCAACCAGAGACAGGGAUGGCAAUUUUGUUUAAUCAUCAAAGACUCCAUGAAGGGGGACAACUCUUGUCUGGCAAAAAGUACAUCCUGAGAACUGAUAUAAUGUACAAAAAGAUUGAAGAAAAAAAACUAGGUGAAAACCAAGAGAAAGCUGUCUUAAUGAUACAGGAAGCUGAGAGGCUGGAGGCGCAAGGCGAUUGCAUGAAGGCAGUGGAAUUAUACAGAAAAGCGUUCAAGCUGUUCCCGGAGCUGGAAAACUGCUACUGAUUUCUUGUCCAUUUUCAAUCCACUGCAUGAAUUUGUUUUCAAAAUGUUUCAUGUAAUGGCAAUAUUUUACUGAUCAGAUUUUUGUUGUUGUUAUACUAUAUACCAAGAUUGUUUUCCAUUAUACCCUAUGAAUCUUUAAUAAAAAUUUCAUAUAUGAU